UUAAGCCUUAUUUUAUUUAAUUAUUAAUUAAAAAAGUAAUAAAUUAAAAUUCAUUGUCUAUUAAACAUCAUUUUUGAGGUAAUUUAAUGAAAAUCACGUGAAAAAAAAAUGGCUAUCGGCUGCUCUAUGCAAAUAAAUAGACGCCAUGUUUGUUUUCCACGUAAUGUAUUUGCUGACGACUUUAGACGUGUUCAUGGUUUUUAUCAAUAUUUUCAAUGAUCAGCAAAGAUUAGAUAUUGUACAACUGUGAAUUGUUGUAAAAAUUGUUUUUUCAAUUAUAACAAAUCCAUUUUCAAUCAUGUUGAAAGCUGUUAUCCUUAUUGGUGGGCCUUUAAAAGGCACUCGUUUUCGUCCACUAUCUCUAGAUAUUCCUAAACCACUUUUUCCAAUUGCUGGACUGCCAAUGAUCCAACAUCACAUCGAAGCAUGCCGAAAAAUUCCAAAUUUAAACGAAAUUCUUAUCAUCGGUUCAUAUUCAGCUGGAGAACUUCAAUCUUUUGUCCAAGAAAUGAUGAAUACAUAUGGAAUAAGUAUCAGAUAUCUUCAAGAAUUCACUGCUCUUGGUACUGCUGGUGGCAUGUAUCAUUUUAGAGAUCAAAUAAGAGCUGGAAAUCCAGAGGCAUUUUUUAUCAUGAAUGGAGAUGUCUGUGCUAAUUUUCCUCUACAAAAUAUGCUUGAAUCUCAUCGAAAUUUAUCGGCUGAACUUACAGUAUUGACUACGGAAGCAACUAGACAACAAUCUUUGAAUUAUGGUUGCUUAGUUUUGGGGAAAAAAAAUUCUAUUGUUCAUUAUGUUGAAAAACCAUCAACUUUUGUGUCAACGUUGAUCAAUUGUGGAGUUUAUCUAGCUUCUUUAGACAUUUUUCAGAUCAUGGCUGAUGUUUAUUAUGCUAGACAAGACGUUGACUAUUGCGCACAAAAUAACAAUAAUGGCAAAGAUCCAGCACACAUUUCAUUAGAGCAAGAUAUUCUAACACGUUUAGCCGGCACAGAGAAAUUAUUUGCUUGUCAAACAUCCAACUGGUGGUCUCAAAUAAAAACAGCAGGCUCUGCUAUUUAUGCUAAUCGACAUUAUCUUGAUUUAUACAAAGAAAAACAACCAGACCGAUUGGCUUCUGCAUCUAAUGCUAAAUGCCAUAUUAUUGGAGAUGUUUACAUUCAUCCAACUGCUAUUGUAGAUGCUUCAGCUGUGCUUGGUCCUAACGUCAGUAUUGGUGGAAAUACAAAAAUAUCUGCUGGAGUACGAAUUCGUGAAUCAAUUGUUCUGGCAGACGCUCAAAUUCAAGCACAUUCUAUGGUCUUACAUAGUAUUAUUGGACGUAAAAGUGUCAUAGGAAAAUGGUCAAGAGUUGAAGGGACUCCAUGUGAUCCAAAUCCUAAUAAACCAUUUGCAAAAAUGGAAAAUCCUCCAUUAUUUAAUACAAAUGGGAAAUUAAAUCCAUCAAUAUCAAUUCUUGGUACAAGUGUUCAUUUAGCAGCGGAAAAAAUUUUACUUAAUUCUAUUGUUUUACCUCAUAAAGAAUUAAUGAGAAAUUUUAAGAAUGAAAUUAUUUUAUAACCAUGAUAUUUAUUAUAAAAGUGCAAUAAUUGAAGUUAAUUAAGGUAAACGGUCCAAUUGAUAAUCAUUAAAGGCAUUAAUUAAUUUUUAU